UAGGAGCCCAUCUCUUUCGUGCAUUGACCCUGGACCUGAAGUUUGGGUUUGACACAUUCAUCUUCUAGCUCUUAUCUAUUCACAUCACCACAUCACCUAAAAGAAUGUCGGCGACGUUAGGAAAGGAUACUGGGACCAUAACUCAGUACAUUCAGCCUUCUUUCGUGAAGGAAAGGCUGACUGGCAACCACUGCUCCCAGUUUGAGAUGAACAACCUACCCUCUCACAAGUAUGAGACACUCCCUAUUAAGCAUGGCCACCUGCCAGGUUACAUGGGGCACGUCCCUGGUGGAAUGGGAGCAAUUGCUCAACGCAAAGCCCAGUCUGCCCUUCACACACAAAACCACCUGGCAACGUCUUCAAGCCUUCCCAGGGGCGGCCCCCAGACGGACAUGGCACUCGUGGAUCUGCGACCGGAGCAGCGUAGCUUAGCAAAGGUUUAUAUGUACGCCGAGGGUGCAAAAACCGACUUCCUCAAGUUUCCGACACCACAGACCUUCGACCACCGCCGCAGCUAGAUCGCCGCUGGCGCUUGGGCGCAUUACCCCGAACCGCAGCUGCCACUCUUCACGCGAGGGUGCGGGAAGCGUAACUGGAAACAAAAUCUUUCCUUUGCUAGGCAGCAAUUCCCAAUAAGCUCUUGCCUUGCAAAGCAGCAGAUGGCACCUGAUAAACGAGGUUGCAGGUUGUCGCACUCUGCUAGCUGCGGCAACCCGUCGCCAGCCUCUGGCAUGAAGGACUCGGGCCCCCUGUGUUCAUAACGCCGACGUACGUGAUUGAUUGCCGUGCUGGCGGCGAUGCAAGUGAGAGCGAUGCUGACGGAACGCAGCUGACAUGGUGAACGAUUUAGGGCAUAUUGCGUGGCAUUACAGAUAGAUUUGGAUUUUAGUCUCGUCCCAGCCAGCUGCAGGUGGAUAGGCUUGGACUUGUGUCCGUACGGAGCCUGCUGCUUUAGGUUGCAGCGUUGGUUUCGGCCGCAGAGCGUUGCAGUGACUUGCGUGUCCGCACAGCAUUGCUAUAGAUAGUUUUUUCCGGAAUUACUUUACUUCGCAUAACGUGACAGCGUGGCCUACCUGUAAGUGUGGGGGACGGACAGAUAUGACCCCUUGCAGUGAUGUGCAGGUGAUGUGCUAGGCUCGGGACUCUUUCUUUUCGCGAUCCAUGCAUGCGAUAAAAUAUUUUCUGGGCACGGCUUAAGAAGCCAUGCGGCUGUAUUGCAUUUUUGCACGGUUCGUUGGAUUUCGAGUUUGUUGCGUGUGAAUUAUGGCCAUGUGAACUAUGGCAAUGCAUUGCGCUUCUGCGUUCUGAUCGAAGUUCGUGCUUUCAGCAUGGAGACAAUGUUUUGUAGAGAGUGAUAUGAUUGAAGCCAUGCCAUUCUAUUUGUGUCCGUUUCCUGUGCGAGGAUGCCUGCUGAGCCGUCGACUGCCUCAUCAUGACAUUUUGGGUGCUGGUUUUGCCUUGUCCGGGCUUGCUUGUCUCUUAGGGUUCUUAGGUAUCCAUCACCCAUCGGAUGUCAAAUUAAAGGGGCUGUGCAAGCAGGGGUUCGCAUCCCUGCCCAUGUAACUCUUAAGAUAUUCCCGGUAGCUCACGGUACGGGCAUGCAGGGGCAUGGACCUACCUAUAGCCCUAUGCAGCUGACUUGCCGUCCUGGCUAAAAUCGAGCUUGUGUAGGCGUUCAUGUUUGGUUCAUUAUUAGCGCUACAGCAAACUUGUCUGAAUUCUUGCGGUACCAUAUUCCUAAGGUAUUGGGUUGUUCGCUAACACUUUUAUGCCGCCCGGUCAACAGGGCGCUUAAGAACACUUCCCGGGUAGAAGCCAAUUUCGACCGAUUGUAAUAUAUUAUGUCGUUAGAAAAGUUGUGUUUCAGGGGCCAGCGCGCGUAGUAAUCAUUGCUUGUGCAAAAUAUGCUAGUCUGAGGGACAGACAGACAGACAGACAUUGCGCUCCAUACUGUAGAGAUCUGCUUUUCCUGUUCAACUAUAUGCGCUGAGUAACUUGCAGGGGAUACGUACGUCUGCACUGCACACCCAACCGCCAUCUGUAACCGCUUUUAUGAAAA